GCAGUGCGAGACACAGAGACAGGCGCACACGUUCUCUCUCUCUCUCUCUCUCUCUCUCUCCCUCUUUCACACACGCACGCAUACACGCACACACAUGCUCAUGCACGCAGACGGCAACUUUCCUCUAUCGGACUGAUACCAUCACACGCGCCGGGAUAGACACACUCCCCUUGCUACGGUGGAGAAGAGGAUAAGGAGUGACAGAUCAGAAAAAAAGAGAGAUACAGGAACAACAAAAAAGAAAAAAAGAGAGCAAGUUCCCAGGUGAAGAGGAGGAUUGCGCUGACGUUUCGUCCUGUCCAAGAUGGCAAACCUUGUGACAUCGCUGUGCUGUGUAGUUCUGGCCGCGGUGGUGGUAGCGUACGCUCAAAGACGCAGUCAGCUUGUUGCUAGGAACCAGUAUGAGCGAAUGGGCAUCGAUGUCACCAUGCAGUGCGGCUCCCUGGACAAUGACGCGUCGGUGUCAUGGAAGGUGAACGGGACAGAUGUGAAAGCCCAGCACCGUCUCGAGGGUCCCAGACUGAUGCUGACCGAAGUGGACCUGGGCCACAACGGACUCUACAGCUGCUUUCAGAACCCGCACGGAGAGAGGCGUGACACCAUCUACCUCCACAUCGGCAUUCCUCCUCGGGAGCCCACAGUCACCUGUCGAUCCAACACCUACCCGAAAGGCUUCUACUGCAGCUGGCACCAACUGCACCCGACGUACAUCCCCACCACCUUCGAAGUCGACGUACAACACAACCAGCGUUCACUGGAGGUGCAGAAAGAUCCAGACCACAAGAAUCGCUGUCGUGUACGUUUUCCCGAGGUCUUCUCCAGCUUCCCCUACAAAGUGAAUGUGACGGCAGUCAAUGCUUUGGGGAAAGCCUCGACCACAAUUUCUUUUGAAGAGUCCAGUAUAGUUAAACCGGACCCCCCGGAGCGCGUGACAGCGACCCCGAUUCGUUUCAACGCCCGCAGGCUGGAGGUGUCCUGGCAGAGCCCCGCCACCUGGCCCGACAUCGACAACUUCCCUCUGAAAUACUUCCUCCGAUACCGGCCACUCAUCAAAGAGCAGUGGCAGCAUGUGGAGCUUUCUGACAGCACUUCCCACACCAUCACCGAUGCCUAUGCUGGGAAGGAAUACAUCAUCCAGGUGGCUGCCAAGGACACAGAGAUUGGAACAUGGAGUGACUGGAGCGUUGCUGUCCACGCCACACCCUGGAUUGAAGAGCAAAUUACUUCUACUACCGAAGUGGACUUUUCUACCGAGACUAAGACCUCCCCCAUACCGUCCUCCAACGCACCACAAAAGGCUGAACCUCCAGUGGGCAGAGCUGCCAGACUCCUCACAUUUUUCUCCCCUUUGCUGUUAGGAAUGCUGCUGCUUUUCAUGUGAUUUAAAUGUCUUAUUCCCGAAGGGAGUAGGAGGAAGAAGAAGAGGAGGAGGAGGAGGAAGAGGAGGAGGAGGAGACUGGUCUUUUUUCUAUUUUGCACAUGUUUCCAGGAUACAGUGCAUUGCUCAUUUCUGUCCAUCACUCAGUUACUCACCGAGAUUACUUAGACAUGAAACUAGACGAUGAUAAUGCCAUUCAGCAUUUUUGAUAAAUGGAGACAAAGAAAUUCUUCAGAGGAGCUUUUGAAAGCGGCUCCGUCAACAACAACAACAACAGCAGCAACAACAACAGCAACAGGAGCGGCAACAACCACAACAGCAGUAGUGCUAUCAGCAUAAACAGUCUUAUAUUCCCCCCUUGUGGCUUUGGUCGGCCUCAGCAGACUUUGUUUGGUUUGGGAAUCUCCUCUUCAGAGCAAGAAAAUCAACUCUUCGGAUGACAUAAAGAAAAAUCUCCCCAUUAUCUUUUGUCCUUUUUUUAUUAUUGAUUAUGAAUUCAUUUUCACUUUCUUCUGAAAUUGCAGCACCGUACAGACAAACACACACACACACACACACACAUACACACACAUGCAUAGAGUAUUUGUGCGUGUCUUUGUGUGUAUAGUAACCGUAGCAGUCCCCAUACAGCUAAAUCAUCAUGCCAAAGACUCAACUUCACCCUCCCACCCCCCAAAACAAAAUGGUUCCCAAACGAUUCCCUGAGCCCGUGUCUGCCUUCGUCGUGGGUCCGAAAGCCCAGAAAGUUAUUUGUGUGUGCACACAACACCAAAUCGAUUGCCAACACAAAUGAAAACUUGGGACGAGCUCCCGUUUGCGUAAACAUACCAUUUAUCAAAAACUCAAUCGGACUCUGAAUCCGCCGCCUGAAUCCAACUGACGGAGCGAGUUGUUGUGUUCGAUGCGAAGACUAACGUGUGACUCAGUCUGGCCUAUUUAGACCAUUAGCUUUACACUCUGCUGUUAACGACUGGCGAAGGACCUGGAUUGUAAAAAAAAUAUAAAAUAAAGUGGAUUUGAGACUGAACGGUUCUUUGCCCACCCAUUUGUUUUGGUUUGACGACGACGCAGUCGGUUAUUGAAACAUCGAAACGAGCUGCGUUGGUUUUCUGCUCUGUGCUGUAAAAUAAAAUAACACAAAACAGUUUGCUUACCGAAUUCUGACGCCUUUAAAAACAUAAAGAAAUAAUGUCUUUUUGCAGUUUACAUUUCAAUAGCCAAUAUCACCAGUUAAUAUUAUGUUAUUCAAAGGAAUAUUGAUGUGUUUUAUUGUAUUUUUUUAUCUUAUGGACAAAUAAUACAAACACACAUAUAGGAUUUUAGUUUAUUUUUCUUUCAGACAUUCAUAAUGGCUUAAUUCUUCUUGCUCAUAUUUUGUAAACUAUGAUAUGUAACUUUAACAUUGAACAAAAAGUUUAUUAUUUAAUAAUAAUAAUAAUGUAUGUAUUAGCAGUAGAAUGUCGUAACCUGUACCUGGGGUCUUUUUUAUAGAUGUAUAUACAAUGACAGGUUUCAACCAUUAAAUGUGACCAUUUCACAAUGAAUGAUG